AUGCGUUUUUGUUUUCCUUUACUCUUUAUCAUCAUCUUGAAACUAUCGGCUGCCUCUGGCCUUUUCACUUAUAAACUAUGGAAUAAACAAAAGCUUAUUAGCGAAGUUGUUAAAAACUAUCUUUUGAGCUGUCAAAGACUGGAUAUUUUGAAGAAUGUAGAAAAUCUUAAAAAAGUCUUCCAAGUUGGUAUUAUCCAAAAUGUCAAUUUUUGGGAACAAUUAGAAAUACUUGUUGAUUUGCCUAAAUUCUGUGAUCAAAAGGAAUUGAUGAGUGCAAAAUUUGAACAAUUAGAUUGUUUUGAAAUGCCAAAAAACGGAAAUUUACUUCGCUUAUUAAAUGAAUAUAAAAUUCAAGUAGAUAAAACUGAAAAGUUUAUUAGACGUUUAUUGGUAUGCAAACUUAUUUUCAGGAUGGAUAGGCCCAAAGUUUCAGAGAAAAAUGUUAAAGCUUUGAUUGCUGAUUUUUUAAUUGAGGAAAGGAAUAGGCCAAUAAAUUUUGAAUCGAAAAUAAACAAAUCAGUAAAUUCUACAAGUAAAAAGAAUAUGGAGGAUGUUGAUAGUGAACACAACAAGAGGCUCGUGUUAAUAUAUUAUGAAGCUUCUGAGUGGCUUUGGCGAUUGAAGAAUUUGCUCAAUAACCUUUAUCAUCUCUAUAAAAAGUCAGAAAUAAUCACUGGUCUUCAAACAAAUAUAAAAACAAAGAUAAAUAUAAAGAAAAAUGAUGUUGGGACAAAUGUUCGAAUGCAGACAAGCAUUCAUUCAGAGAGGUUUUGA